GUCUGCUACUUUGGACUUUUACAUAUCGCUCUAUGGAAUUCCAACUGACUAAUGAGAACAGCUGACAAAUAUGUCAUGGCUUUGUGGUAGCAGACAUAGGCUUGAUUGCCCCUUUGUCUGGCUACAAUGGCUGGGAUAUCCAGGUAGCAGAGUGCUGACGUUGCGGUCUUGGCUGAUACGGGACCGCAGACGACGUAAGCAGUCUGGGUUGGUAUAAAAGCACAGGAUGGCUUCCCUCCAUCCCACACCUCAUCAAUAGCAACCUCCUCAAGAACAUAUCGGCAACUAUAGCCUCUAGCUUAUAUCGACAAUGGCCAACACUUCCAGCUACAUCCUGCGCUACUUCGAUCUGCCCGGACUCGCCGAGACCAGCCGCACCUUGCUCAACUUUGUCGGUGCCCAGUGGGCCGAGGAGCAUCCCGAGUGGCCCGCAACCAAGGGCAAACAGCCGUUUGGCCGCCUACCUGUCCUGGUCGAGAAGGACGCCAGUGGCAAUGUCAUAUUUGAGCUCUCUGAGUCUGUGGCUGUUGAGCGCUACAUCCUGCGUACAUUUGGUCUGCUUCCCACCGAUGCCAAGGCUGCUGCGCGCCAGGAGCAGCUGCGCGACCAGUUCACUGAUAUUCUCCUCAGUAUUGUGUACUAUGACGGUGCUGAGGAUGCUGACAAGGCGAAGCGGAAGGAGAAUGCUGUCGCUCUCAUAAAAACUGCUGUCAGCGCAUACUCAAAGCUGCUACGCGAGAACGGUAGCAACGGCCACUUCAUCGGUAGCAAUACUACCUAUGUUGAUAUCGCAUUCUACAACCUGGUCAGCUUCAUCCGUGCCAACAGCAAGGAGAAUGAUGACGGGUUCGCGUCCCUCCUUUCAGUCGAGAAUGCCCCCGAGUUUGAGAAGGUUAUCGCUGCUGUCGAGGCUGACUCGGCCCUGCAGUCCCAUUUUGCCACUCGCCAGAAGAUGGCUAUAGCCUGAGAAACAUGUUCCCAACUGUUUAGUUCAUUUCAAUAGUGACCAACAUUCAUUUGAAUGUCAUUAAAUUCUGAUUAAUCAUUA